CGAGAGUAAAAAGAAAAAAGUGCUUAAAUUGUUAAAAAGUUGAUCGAUUUAUUAAAAAUUCUAAUAUUUUUAGAACAUCAGCUUUCUAAAACUAACUGCUAAUUAGCAUGAUUUAUACAAUUCUCAUCAAAUAGAGAAAUUGUUUGAUUCUUUUUUUCUCCAAAAGUCUUUUCUUAGAAAUAUAACAUAAAAAAUAAAUAUGUACAACAAAGAAAGUUAUGUCACUAACACGUGCGAUGGUCAAUAAUAUGUGCCCAUGAGUUUAAAGAAAACAGCUGUUUUGUGACUGUCAAACGCGUCAAGCUUUGACGUUACAUUCGCACGAACUCUUGAACCUUCCGAAAAGUAUGAUAAUAUAAGAUCGAAACGUCGCGUCUCCGAUGGCAGUUAAUCAGUCGUCAUUUCCAUCGUGUGCAUCUUUUCGGUUGUGCAUCCAUUCAUUAAUUAUCUUCUUCAGCGCGGAACAUUAAAGUAUACAAAAUUUAUAGCGUAAUAACGUAAGUAUAUACGUCAAAAACAGUGCGUCAAUUUUAAUUGUUAAUAUUCGUUUUAAAUAUAUUGUGGAUUUAUAAACUACGAAGUUGACGAUUCCGUUUUCCGCAUUCUCAUCAUUUUGUAUAUUAAGUUCGCGAAUAAUUUAAUUUUUUGUUAAGAUUUUCAUUGGAAAAUAACUUUUUAUUAAUUUUAAUUAAAAAUCUACUAAAUUAAGGUUACAACAGAAAUUAGUUGCUCCGUGAUUUUAUGAUGCUUUUGUUAAAAAAAAUUAUGUACUUGGAUUAAUAUUUAUUUCUAUUUUUAUUUUCUUAUAGGAUAUAAACAAAAAAGUGGACAAAAUUUAAUUGUCUUAAAACAUUCAUGACGUUUAUACAAAUUUUAUUGAAAAGUAACGUAAAAGUAUUCAACCUGACAGAAUAAAAUUUUGUUCUGAAAACAAAAUUUUGCACGUUUCUUAUGGAAAAAUAAUUAAAUCGGUCAAAUUGUUUUGUUCUAAAAUAUUGUAGUUUUAGAAAUUUUGAAAAUGUACCUAUUACAAUUUCACUUUGUGUUUUGUGAAAUAUCAAAGAAGAAUCAGGACUGAUCAAAAUUACGACGCAGACAGCUUUAAACAGUGUAAGUAUGUAUCAAUUGUCACAAUGGAAAUCUGUUGUCAAACUUUAAAUGUGAUUUUUUCAAUAUUGUUCAAUGAUUUUGCCGUAAUAAUUAGAGAUUCCAUAAAGUUUAAUUUCAAAUUGAACUUUUUAAUAGCUUAUUCAAAAUAUUGACCUUUAUUAAUUAGGAAAUUAUUAUUAUAAGUAAUAAAAAAAUACAUGCAUUUCAGUCGGUUUGGGAAAUAUGGAGUUAAGACUUGAUUUAAUUUACAAUAAACUUGAAAAUCCAUUCAGUAUGAAUUAUAGUCAGAAAUACUUUUCUCUCAGUAUAUAAAAAAACGAAUAAUAUAUCUAUUAAUAAGAAAUAAUAAAUACAUAUCGUUUUCCGCAGGAAAAUUCUAAAUCUGUGUUGUGUUUACACUUAAUUUUAUCAUGCCGUACUUCGAUUUUGGAGAAGUACAGAUUAUUGAUGAUAGCGUAGAUGAUUUGGAUAUCAUCAAAAAUAUAAUUAAAAAUGAAAAACCGGAAGAUCCCUUCUAUGUCGCGGAUAUCGGUGACGUUAUUGAAAGACAUCAAGCAUGGAUUAGUAAAAUGCCUAAAGUUACUCCACACUAUGCGAUUAAGUGCAAUUCAAAUUCAACAAUAAUUAAAGUUCUGGCGGCUUUAAAUGCUUGUUUUGAUUGUGCGUCAAAGCAAGAAAUAGCGCAAGUAAUGCAGUACGAUGUGCAAGGUGAGCGGAUUAUUUUCGCGCAUCCAAAUAAAUUGCCGUCUCAUAUAAAAUACUCCAAAAAAGUGGGAGUCGAACGAAUGACGGUGGACAGCGAACUUGAGUUGACGAAAAUUAAGGAAUUCUUCCCGGAAGCUAAGGUCGUGAUACGCAUACGCUGCGACGCGAAGAACUCGCCGGUGUCGUUGGGAGCGAAAUUCGGCUGUGAUCCGUACGAGGAAGCUGUGUGCUUGAUACAGCACGCGAGAAAUCUCGGCUUAAACUUACACGGCUUCAGCUUUCACGUUGGCACCCCGUGCUUAGAAAUGGACGCCUAUUGCCGCGGAAUCGAAAUAUGCAAGCGGCUAAUCGCAAUCGCUAAGUCAAUUGGAUACAACAACGUAGAGUUGAUUGACAUAGGCGGCGGAUUCCUGAGCGUCUCCGGGGAGGAGUUCGAUGAGCUGGCCGACCUUAUUAACGGCGCGAUCGAGAAUCUCGAUCCUGGUAUAAGGGUCAUCGCCGAGCCCGGACGUUACUACGUAGGUUCGAACUUCACCUUAGCCUCGUAUCUGCAUUCCAAGAGGCUCGCCGUUUCCAACGACGGCAAGUUAAGGAGGAUGUAUUACAUGAACUGCGGCGUGUACAAUGCGUUCCUCGAUGAACUGAUAGGCGUGGAGGCCAGAGUCCCAGAAUCGGCUUUUGAGCCGACGAGCGACGAGAAAUUCCUCUCAAACAUAUGGGGACCGACCGCCGACUCGAAUGAUUUAGUAGUUAAGGACGUGCUAUUGCCUGAAUUUUAUAUAGGCGAUUGGUUAGUUUGGAGAAAUAUGGGAGCUUAUACGUUAGCUCUUUCCAAUACAUUCAAUGGAUUCCCGAUUCCAACUGUGAGACCAUUUAUUAAGAGAAGCCAAUGGGAAAGUUUUCUAGUCCAAAUCCAUCAGACAUAGAAGCGUAUUUCAUUUCAAAAAAUAAAAGAAAAUUGAUGACAGUAAAGACAAUGCAAUAUAUCAAGUAGUAUAAAAAAAAUUUGACAUAUUCUGAUAAAUAAUGUUUAUCAAUUAUGGCAUUUAACAUAUUAAUUUAACAUACAUUAAUAUCCGGACGUAUUUUGUUUCGAGUUUUUGUAGAUACCAAGAAUUUUUCUCUUUUAUUAUGAUUUUUGCGAUUUUUUGUUCUAUCCCUAUUUUCAUGGUGACCAUAAGCUUUAUGAGCGAUGUGAUUGAUUAAACGUACACAAUUCAGAUGCAAUUAGUAAGGAACGGUGAUAAGCUUUCGGCGAAUGUAUGGCCGGCGGAUACGCGGAUAACUUACAAGCGGCGAGUGAUGUAAGUAAUCCCGCGAUUACGUGCACGACCGGGUCACAUUACAUUAUAAUUAUCCGGCUAAUCUUUAUUUCCAACAAUAAACCGCGGCGGCAUAGAUAAGAACCGCGGCCGGGGCGAACUAUAAAAAGUACACCAGCUUCAUUCCGAAUUGCGCCCCUUUUAAUGAGCACACCGAACAAAACGGGUGGAAGAACCGUUCCAUAUUUCAUCGCGGCUGAGAAAACUCAUCCACGCUCGGCCCAUUGACAUCGAUUCUGGCUCCGCUAUCUUUCAUCUUUAUCGCAAAUCCCCGUAACAGCCGCUUAGAGCUGAGUGGCACAAACGACUACCGCGUUUAUCAUUUGCAGAUACCGUACAACGAGGCGAUUGUGUCCAUUAAUCCUCCACGAGACAGAUGAUCGUAAUUCUUUAUCCUAAUAAUAACGUAAAUUUUUACGUAAUAGAUGACGGUUUUAAUAAAUUUAAAAUUAUUAAAUUUUUUACAAUUUAAGAUAAUGCAAGAUCGUGUAUGCGCUUCUUUACUUUCUCCGGCUAAAAAAAGCAGAAUUAUCUUUUCUUUUAACAAAGAAUAUUUUCUUCAUAAUAAUCUGAAAUUAUUUUCAUUACAAAUUCAU